AUGUAUCGUCGGAUUCCCACAAAACGUCUGCAAAGUCCUGGUCAAACGAUUUCAGAAUUGAGGAAACGCCAUUCGCACUCGUAUCGAGUUAUGAGUCACUUCGACAUUCUCCCCCGCGUAAUGCCCAAGGGUGCCGUUGAGGCUAUCUUCCCAUGUCGAUUCGAAAUCUACGUUGAAUCCCCACAUCAACAAAUGCCCAAUGGUGUCCUCAACGUUAUGUGA